UGUCCAGGCGAAUCUAAUGUGCCCUGUGUCCUUUGAAUCUACGCAAGAUCAUCCUCAUCCUCAUCCUCAUCAUUUGCACCAUCAUGAGGCCUAUCACCCGACAUCCUAGCCGCAGCCAUCUCGGCUCAAACCUCACGAUUCUAUCAGCCCGUUGACCCGCCCCGUCCGUCCCUCACACCCCUCGUUUGGCCUGAGUCUGAGGCCCGUUCCCACGUGUCUGAUCGUCGCCCUAUCUUCUAUUUGUCUAUCCAUCCAUCCAUCCAUCCAUCCAUGGAUCCAUGGAUGGCGUGUGUCGUCGUCUGAUGUGUCCGAAUUUAAGGUAGAUACGCUGCCUGCCCACCGUGAAACCGUGCUGGUCAUGCCGCUUGUAUCGAACUUGGCCCGUGAUUACCCAGGGUAUGCCCGGCCGCUGAGGGCCCAUGAAUACCUUUGGGCCUGAUUGCCGGACUACUAGCCUAUGUGGGCGUUCUGUGGCUGUUUGUGGCUAGACUGACUGUGGACUCUCAUGGAGAUUCAUCCUCGUUCGACCAGUAGGUGCAGUCCCAGUCCAGUUUCGUCGCUCGAGUCCACGCUCAACUAUUCCACCGAUCCCAUCGCCCGCUUAAGUGCCGCCUCCACCGUGGGCGUGACCACCAGUGUCGGAUUGGCGUCCGAGUCGAACUCGGCGGCCUCCUUGGUGGAGGAUAGACUUUUUCAGGAGCUCAUGGACGUGUUUGGCUCCAGCGAGCCGUCCGGCUCAUUACCGCUUGAGACCAGCCCGCCUGGACCGGCUCACACCCCACCCUUCAAGUCCACAGGGCGUGGCCUGGCUGCGGCCGGUCAGGCCCCGGGUCAGACCCCACCGCGCGGCUCUGUGGAGCAAUCCUUGUUAGCCUCGCUCUUGCCCAAAGAGAUGAUGGGCUCGAUGGUUUUGGACGCCCUCAACGGAUUCAUGUUUCUGUUGUCGAGCGAUGCUAAAUUGGACUACCUCUCGGACAAUGUCGAAGAGUUUCUGGGCUCGGGGGCCCUCUUAGAUAUGGCUCAUCAACGCUUGUACGAUUUCAUUCACCCCGAUGACCGAGCCUAUUUCCGCCAGUUGCUCCAAGAACCUCGCGUCCGGGACGUCGUUGGCGCGGGUGCAGCUCGCAAUAACAAUAAACCCCUUUUUGUGCGUUUCCGUGUGCAAUCAUCCCAUCCCGACUCCCCCAACGGCCCGUACGAAUGUCUACAAGUGUCCGUGGUGACCGUUUCGCCCAAAGAACGCAUUGUGCAUCAGGGCCGAGAUUUGAGUCGCGCUCGGUUGUUUUGUGUGGCUCGAAAAGUGAGCCAGGCCGAACGCAAGCAAUUCAUGAAGGUAGAGAUGUUCUCCACCAAGGUGGAUCCACACCAAAACUAUCGUGUACAGUUGGUGGACACCAGCGGGAUGAAUUCGCGUCACACCACCCUAAUGACCCAAAGCAUGCUGAACAAACACUUGGUCCUAGACUUGUGUCACCCGCAGGAUCGCUCCAUACUCGAGGCACACCUUGAGGCUAGUAUGAGUCAAGCUGUGGUGUCGUCCAUAUAUCGUAUGCGGAUCCUCAACUCGUACAUGAAAGUCAAAAGCAAAUCCAAAUACUACGCCGCGUGUCCGGCCGCCAACAAUUUUCAUUCCCUCAUCCUUUCGUCACAUUCCAUCAUUCCCGAAUCUGAAUCCAUGGACAAGGAUAUCGCUCCCUGUCGUGCGGAUCUGAGUGCGUCGCCCAACGGGCCACCACCGCAUGAACAUUUAUUGCGCUCGGACGUGCUCGAAGAGCUUUUCGGCCCUUCUUCGUCCUCUGGCGGGCCUGGGUCUAACGACAGCGCGUCAUCCCGUCGAGGAUCUGUGGGAUUGAGUGAGGGCGUCCCUAUCAACAACAAUGUGGUCAAAACUGAAUCGCCGAGGAGCAACAGCAGCAAUGGUAGCGGUGGACAGCCGGAUCGAGAAGAGGACUCUUCGAAACAGAAGGAUCUGCUCUUAAAACAAUUGCUCAACGUCAACUUUAACCGCGAUGACAAAACCAAAGCCAAUUCUUCGGCGCCGACCGUGUCCUCGGUGUCGUCUUCUUCGUCGAGUACGAAUUCAAGAAUCCUCCAAAUCCUGAGCCAAACCAACGACAACGUCAAGUGUUCAACUUUCGGGCCCAAUCUUUCAUUAUCUGCCACGUCGAUUCCUGGUGUGAACACUGGAUCUGGGGGCUUGAAACGCCCCGCCUCGUCCUCCUCGACCCUAUCGUCGUCCUCGUCGUCAAUGCUUGAAAGUGCGCUAGGCGCUCCUAGUCCGAAAAUGUUGUCCCGAUCCGGAGUAGGGGGCGGGGGAGGGAUGGGAAGCAGACCUGGGUGUGAGCUUCCACCUACCACCACUUAUUCUAGUGUGUGCAAAGAGAAUCCGGCUCUGGCCAAGUUGCUGGAAAAACCGUUGCACAACGCCGUGUCAGUCCCACCCCCGGUGCCCACCAAAUGGCACCAAGAGCCGAGGGAGACGUUGCCCAAAGGCGAAGAUGAAAUGCGCAAAUUCUUACCUCCACAUCCGGCUGAACGAGCCUCAUUAUUAUCGUCAGCAUCGGCUACUGCCACGUCCAAUUUAUCUACCUCGUCGAUGUCGUCUUCGCCGUCCACAUCGACCAGUUUAGGCGAAUCCGGUGCCAGUGCCACAGUUCUACAGCCUCGAAGCAAUGAAUUCGCCUCCUCGUCAUUGAUCCCUUCGAGUCUGAAUCAUCAUAGUGCGGGUGUAUCAAAUCAUUUCUUUAAUGACCUCGACCCCGAGUUGAGCAAUAUUCUUGAUGAAGUGAUCGACAUUCAAGAGAAACAGCACAGCUCACUAGCCAGCUCUACCUCCACGUCUGGACCUCAAAAUCUCAUCCCGUCCCCUGGGGUUGCGGGUUGUUCACUUGUACCUGGUGCCACAUCUGCCUCCUCGUCGUCGUCGUCGUCGUCGUCGUCUUUGUCAUCGAGUGUGGGAAUGAUGUCCAUGGCAGGGCGGAACAAUUCCUCUUCCGGUGUGGCCUCUUCCACAUCAGCCUCCUCGUCCAUAACAACCUCCUGCUCCUCGUCAUCAGCCUCGUUCUUCAACAAAGAUCAAUCGGCGAUGGCGGAUAUUGAACACAUCGAGAAGUACCUCGCCAGCUCCGAAAGUAGUGGCAUGUUUUUCCAUCAUAAUCAUCAUCAUCAACAGCAACAGCAGCAACAGCAGCCCAACAGCAGCAUCAUGAACGACAAUCACCGGAAAAUGCUCAACCGCAGCCUGUCGCUCCCGCCUGGAACCAUGAGUUUAGCCCAAACCGCAGGUUCCAGUCAUCCGACUGGGGUCAUAAACCGAGGUAUUCAAUCGAUAGCGGGAACAGGACGAUCAGCGCCCAAUCCGCUGUCUGUGGCUUCCAACAACAAUCAGGGCAUCGCCAGCGGGCUCCAUCACAUGGGAGCCAACAACGGCUGUCCAAAUCCCGUUUCACUCGUGCCCCGUAUGAAUGAGUUGUUCGAAGUAGUCCCUCCCAACAUGUCAUUACCUCCCACGCCUGAUAUUGACUCACUAGUGAUGAUCCAGCAGAGGCAACGCCGAAUGUCUAGUGGUGGCACAACUUCCAAUACCCGAAGAGGUCCACAGCAUAGGUCACCUUCAGGUGGACCCAAUUUAGCGUUCCAAUCUUUGGUGUCUCCACCCAAUCGAUCUGUUUCGCAAUCUCAGCAACCCAUAGCUGGAAGAGGUGGCAACAGCCUCCCGAUGAGUUCCUCCAAUAACGGAGGGAGUCAAUUGCUCAUGCAACAGCUCAAUUCCGGGCCAAUGGGAGGGAAUCGAGGAGGAAAUGUUCCCCAGUUAUCUCACCAACCAUUCUCGCGACAAAGCCCAUUUUUAGGCCAACAUCAAGUUCGUCCUACUCCAAAUAAUGUCAUGGGCAGCAUGAGAGGGCAAAUGCAAUAUCCCACUACGCAGCCACAACAACCGCUCCAACAACCACAGCAACAACCACAGCAACACCAGAGACAUUCUCUUCAAUCACCUUACUCAUCUUCUCAUCAGAAUCACCGGAUGGGAUCGAGUCCCUCGUCAACGUCCUCAUAUCCGAAUAGAGGCUUCCAGUCGAAUAGCCAUCCGGACGAGAGUCAAUCCUUGUUGCAGAAGCUCCUAUCUGAUGGGUCAAGCUGAGUGCUCAGUGACGAACGGCAAUUAUUACAUGGUAAUAACUGAAGUUUUGCCAUGUGAAAUGCGGCUCUCACGCCUCAAAGAGGCCUCAGAGAGUGGUGGUUUCUAGAGGCAAAGGUGGUGAUAGUUCGUUCCUCUAUGACUGUGCAUGUGGGAAUCCGACAAAUGACCAAAUGACUAAAAUGAUCUUUGCCUUGGCCGUAGUUGUUGACCAUUUUGGGAUCUCCCCACGGACCGCAAAGCUGCGAGUGUUGACUGACCUCUAGCGAAGUCCUCAGCUCGUUAUCAUCUACCGUCUGUAGUAUGUUCUCUAGAUAUCUCAUGAGCUAACAUAUCGAGGACUUCUGUUCGAUAGGGUGGAUGCCGCCGAAAAAAAAACAACAGAAUCUAAAAUGUUGCAACUGUUAGACUGAAAGGGAUCAAGUGUCCUGUGCCUGCGCAAAAAAACACAACACAACAGAGCAUUAUUUAUCAUCCGCUAACGUUUUCAAAGCAAUUCCUAAUUCAAGCCAAAAGUCAAUCGAGUAGUGAAAGUAGCAAAGAGACAAACACGUAAUCUAUUCGUUGCGAUCUUGCGACAACAAAAGAAGCAUCAUCAUAAGGAUCAUAAUGAAUCAAAUCCUCUUCAUCCUCUUGGAUUCUGAUAUAUUUUUGAAGCAAUUGAAAAUACCUAUUAAUGUAAGGACGAACUGGUCAUCCGUAAUCAUUUUCAUCAGCAAUGACCACCAUCUUGUGUUCCGUGGUUUCUUUUGCGGCGGGUUGCAUCCAAUCCCCUCCAACCUCCACCCCAAAAAGUUGAAUCGCUUGUCUGAAUUUGAACCCGCCCAAACCGAAUGCUAUGCGAAUAGCAUGAACCUUUUGAUGAAUUUGCACUCUGAUGUUUGAUCAUAUUGUCUGCUUGGCAGAAAGAAAUACAAACUGAUAAUUUUCUGAUUGUC